AUGGAAAGGUCUACAACUUCUAAUACAGCCUCUGAAAAGCCUAAUCCUUCCCAGCACAGUACAGGGGCUGUUCAAAUGAGGAUCAAAAAUGCCAACAGUCACCACGAUAGGCUGAGCCAAAGCAAAUCUAUGAUUCUGUCUGAGAACCUGAAAGUCGCUGAGCCUAUAAAUCGCCACAGAAGAAAUCAUUCCCAACACAACCUAACCCUUGCAGACAUCAUUAGCACGCAGGACCACACGGCAGUGGAGAAAGAAGGUUAUCUUCUAAAAGCCAAAAUUGCAGAUGGUGGCAAAAAAUUAAGGAAAAACUGGUCCACCUCCUGGAUUGUUCUCACUGCUCGGAAAAUGGAGUUCUACAAAGAAUCCAAGCAGCCAUCACUGGCCAACCUGAAACCAGGAUAUAAACCUGAGUGCGUGGAUUUGUGUGGUGCUCGCAUUGAGUGGACCUCAGAGAAAUCCAGCAGAAAGAAUGUCUUUCAGGUCACCACAGUGUCGGGAAAUGAGUUCCUCCUGCAGUCAGAUAUCGACUUUCUCAUAUUGGAUUGGUUCCACGCUAUCAAAAAUGCAAUUGACAGAUUGUCAAAAGAACAGAGUUGUACAUCGAAAAAUUUGGAGUUCAAACUCAGAAGAUCCUCCAGCAUCGAAUUACUGAAUAGCUUAGACACUGAAUCCAAAGAACCAAAGCCUGAACACAGAAAAUCUUUAAUUUUCAGACUCAACUACAGUGCCUCUGACACAAACGACAGAAACCGAGUGAAGAGCAGAUUGAAGAAGUUCAUCUCCCGAAGACCUUCCUUGAAAACAUUGCAGGAGAAGGGACUUAUUAAAGAUCAAAUUUUUGGCUCCCAUUUGCACUUGGUUUGUGAGCAUGAAAAAUCUACAGUCCCCCAGUUUGUGCAACUGUGUAUAAAAGCUGUUGAAAGAAGAGGUCUGGAUGUUGAUGGAAUAUACAGAGUUAGCGGCAAUCUGGCAACAAUACAGAAGUUACGAUUUGUUGUCAAUCAGGAAGAGAAGCUGAAUUUGGACGACAGCCAGUGGGAGGACAUCCACGUUGUCACCGGAGCACUCAAGAUGUUUUUUAGAGAGCUGCCUGAGCCGCUGUUCCCAUACUGCUUCUUUGAACAGUUUGUGGAGGCGAUAAAAAUCCAGGACAACACCACUCGCAUCAAAUCCAUAAGAAGCCUGGUAAAAAAACUCCCUAGACCCAACUACGACACAAUGAAAAUGCUUUUUGAGCACCUAAAGAAGAUAGCAGCCAAGGAAUCCGUGAACCUUAUGUCAACACAAAGCUUAGGAAUUGUGUUUGGACCAACACUCCUUAGACCCGAAAAGGAGACAGGGAACAUGGCAGUCCACAUGCUGUACCAAAAUCAGAUAGUUGAACUUAUGCUGAGUGAGUACAGCAAGAUCUUCUGCUCAGAGGAAGACUGA